GUCAGCCGCCAUUUUCCCAGAGCGAGAGGCAGUGACACUGAGCGGGCGCAGGGGGCCGAGUCGGAGACGGUGCCUGAGUUCGGGAGCGGCAACAGAGGGGGCAUAGACACUCUUGAGCAGCCUCGCCGUCGCCUCUGCGUUCCUGUUGACUGUCUCGGUGCCCCCUCCCUUACUCCUCGGUUGCUGGUGAAGAGGCUGCGCGCUGCUGUUUGGGGAGGGGGUGUGUGGAGCCGGGUCCUGAGUCCGCAGUGGCUGCUGUCGGGGGGUCGUCCGACCGCGGAGGUGUGGACAGACUCCUUGGGGGUCGAGCAUAUAACGGGGUUCGGGUGUCUGGUGUGUGAACAUCACAGGUCUAUUCUGGAUAGGAGGUUUUGUGAAGACAUUUAUUCUUUCUUGGACCUCAGAUUUACCAGACAUCUCAUGGGUUUGUGGAUGCACUUAGAUGUUUGCAAUGAGCACUGUGGCUGGCAUGCCCCAGUGUUUUGGAUACCAAUGCAUAGGACUCCAUAGUAAUCGAAUUUACCAGAGGCGAACGUCAUGAGCAUAGUGAUCCCAUUGGGGGUUGAUACAGCAGAAACGUCAUACUUGGAAAUGGCUGCAGGCUCAGAACCAGAAUCUGUAGAAGCUAGCCCUGUGGUAGUUGAGAAAUCCAACAGUUAUCCCCACCAGUUAUAUACCAGCAGCUCGCAUCAUUCACACAGUUACAUUGGUCUGCCCUAUGCGGACCAUAAUUAUGGUGCUCGUCCUCCUCCAACACCUCCGGCUUCCCCUCCUCCAUCAGUUCUUAUUAGCAAAAAUGAAGUAGGCAUAUUUACCACUCCUAAUUUUGAUGAAACUUCCAGUGCUACUACAAUCAGCACAUCUGAGGAUGGAAGUUAUGGUACUGAUGUAACCAGGUGCAUAUGUGGUUUUACACAUGAUGAUGGAUACAUGAUCUGUUGUGACAAAUGCAGUGUUUGGCAACAUAUUGACUGCAUGGGGAUUGACAGGCAGCAUAUUCCUGAUACAUAUCUUUGUGAACGUUGUCAGCCUAGGAGUUUGGAUAAAGAGAGGGCGGUGCUACUACAACGCCGGAAAAGGGAAAAUAUGUCAGAUGGUGAUACCAGUGCAACUGAGAGUGGUGAUGAGGUUCCUGUGGAAUUAUAUACUGCAUUUCAGCAUACCCCGACAUCGAUUACUUUAACUGCUUCAAGAGUUUCCAAGGUUAAUGAUAAAAGAAGGAAAAAAAGUGGGGAGAAAGAACAAAACAUUUCAAAAUGUAAAAAAGCCUUUCGUGAAGGAUCUAGGAAAUCAUCAAGAGUUAAGGGCUCAGCUCCAGAGAUUGAUCCUUCAUCUGAUGGUUCAAAUUUUGGAUGGGAGACAAAAAUCAAAGCAUGGAUGGAUCGAUAUGAAGAGGCAAAUAAUAACCAAUAUAGUGAGGGUGUUCAGAGGGAGGCACAAAGAAUAGCCCUGAGACUGGGCAACGGAAAUGACAAAAAAGAGAUAAAUAAAUCAGAUUUGAAUACCAAUAAUUUGAUCUUCAAACCUCCUGUAGAGAGCCAUAUACAAAAAAAUAAGAAAAUUCUGAAAUCUGCAAAAGAUUUGCCUCCUGAUGCACUUAUCAUUGAAUACAGAGGGAAGUUUAUGUUAAGAGAACAGUUUGAAGCAAAUGGAUAUUUCUUUAAGAGACCAUACCCUUUUGUUUUAUUCUAUUCUAAAUUUCAUGGUCUAGAAAUGUGUGUUGAUGCAAGGACUUUUGGGAAUGAAGCUCGGUUCAUUAGGCGUUCUUGUACACCAAAUGCAGAGGUGAGGCAUGAAAUUGAGGAUGGAACCAUACAUCUUUACAUUUAUUCUAUACAAAGUAUUCCAAAGGGAACUGAAAUUACUAUUGCCUUUGAUUUUGACUAUGGGAAUUGUAAGUACAAGGUGGAUUGUGCAUGCCUCAAAGAAAAUCCAGAGUGCCCUGUUCUGAAACGUAGUUCUGAAUCCACGGAAAACAUCAAUAGUGGUUAUGAGACCAGAAGGAAGAAAGGAAAAAAAGAAAAGGAUAUUUCAAAAGAAAAAGAUACCCAAAAUCAGAAUAUUACUUUGGAUUGUGAAGGGACAGCGAACAAAAUGAAGAGCCCGGAAACUAAACAGAGAAAGCUUUCUCCACUGAGACUAUCAGUAUCAAAUAAUCAGGAACCAGAUUUUAUUGAUGAUAUAGAAGAAAAAACUCCCAUUAGCAAUGAAGUAGAAAUGGAGUCAGAGGAACAGAUUGCAGAAAGGAGAAGGAAGAUGACAAGAGAAGAAAGGAAAAUGGAAGCAAUUCUGCAAGCUUUUGCCAGACUUGAAAAAAGAGAGAAAAGAAGAGAACAAGCUUUGGAAAGGAUCAGCACUGCCAAAACUGAAGUUAAAACUGAAUGUAAAGAUGCGCAGAUUGUCAGUGAUGCUGAAGUUAUUCAGGAACAAGCAAAAGAAGAAACUGCUAGCAAGCCAACUCCUGCCAAAGUAAAUAGAACUAAACAGAGAAAAAGUUUUUCUCGGAGUAGGACUCACAUCGGACAGCAGCGUCGGAGACACAGAACUGUCAGCAUGUGUUCAGAUAUCCAACCAUCUUCUCCUGAUAUAGAAGUUACUUCACAACAAAAUGAUACUGAAAAUACUGUACUUGCAAUAGAACCAGAAACUGAAACUGCACUAGCAGAAAUAAUUACUGAAACUGAAGUUCCAGCACUUAAUAAAUGUCCAACAAAGUAUCCCAAAACAAAAAAGCACUUGGUCAAUGAAUGGUUAAGUGAGAAGAAUGAGAAGACAGGAAAACCUUCAGACACCCUUUCAGAAAGGCCUCUGCGCAUAACUACAGAUCCUGAAGUGUUAGCUACACAGCUCAAUUCUUUACCGGGUCUCACUUAUAGUCCGCAUGUAUACUCUACUCCUAAGCACUACAUUAGAUUCACUUCACCAUUCCUUUCAGAAAAAAGGAGAAGAAAAGAACCUCCUGAAAACAUUUCUGGCUCAUGCAAGAAGCGGUGGUUGAAACAAGCUCUGGAAGAAGAAAACUCAGCAAUUUUACACAGAUUUAAUUCACCCUGUCAAGAAAGAUCCAGAAGUCCUACAGUCAAUGGUGAAAAUAGAAGUCCACUACUAUUAAAUGAUAGCUGUUCUCUUCCAGAUUUAAAACUAAACCACUAAAAAAAACGAAGACUCUAUCAGUUACUAGAUUCUGCUUACUCAGAAACCUCCACACCUACUCCUUCACCAUAUGCUACCCCAACUCACACAGAUAUUACUCUUACGGAUCCAUCAUUUGCCACUCCUCCACGGGUAAAGUCAGACGAUGAAGCUUGUAGAAAUGGUUAUAAGCCCAUUUAUUCACCAGUUACCCCAGUAACUCCUGGCACACCGGGAAAUACCAUGCACUUUGAGAAUAUUUCUUCCCCAGAAAGUUCUCCAGAAAUUAAGAGACGCACUUACAGUCAAGAGGGCUUUGACAGAUCUUCAACCAUGUUAACAUUGGGGCCUUUUAGAAAUUCUAAUUUAACUGAACUCGGUCUGCAAGAAAUAAAGACUAUUGGUUAUACCAGCCCUAGGAGUAGGACUGAAGUCAGUAGGCAGUGCCCUGGAGAAAAGGAAUCUGUGUCAGACCUUCAACUGGGACUCGAUACAGUCGAGCAAGCUGCCUUACAUAAAACCAUGGAAACACCUGCACAUGAUAGGACUGAGUCUAACAGCCAACUGGAAUCUGCUCACUCUGGACGGGGCCCAAUAUAUUCUUCCUGGGUAAAGAGUCCUGACAGAACAGGAGUUAACUUCUCAGUAAACUCCAACUUGAGGGACCUGACACCCUCACAUCAGUUGGAGGUUGGAGGAGGCUUCCGAAUAAGUGAGUCAAAGUGCCUGAUGCAGGAUGAUACUAGAGGCAUGUUUAUGGAAACACCUGUGUUUUGUACUUCAGAAGAUGGGCUUGUAUCUGGUUUUGGACGGACUAUUAAUGACAGUUUGAUCGACGGAAGUUGCACACCCCAGAAUCCACCACAAAAGAAAAAGGUUUCUCUAUUAGAAUACCGGAAAAGACAACGUGAAGCUAGGAAAAGUGGCUCUAAGGCAGAACACUUUCCACUGGUUAAUGUAUCACCUCACACAAGUGGAAACCUGAGUAGCAGCAAUGCUGAUGGGCGUGCCAACGGGAGUGAAAAUGGGGAGCAGGUAGAAAGCACUGCUAGCCUACCUUUACCAACGCCAGCUACAGUUCAUAAUGCUACUUUGGAAGAGACCAGCAAUAACUGUCCUGUUAAGGAAGCUUCUGCCAGUGAAAAGAAUGAACCAGAAGUCCAAUGGACCGCCUCAACUUCAGUGGAGCAAGUGCGAGAAAGGAGUUAUCAGAGAGCUUUACUACUCAGUGAUCACCGAAAAGAUAAAGAUAGUGGGGGAGAGUCACCAUGUGUCCCAUGUUCACCGAUUCAUGUUCCGUCUUCACCUUCAUCUCAUUCAAAUCACAUUCCCCAGUUGCAACCCAAGGGCCCAGUCCCUUCUUUCAGUGAACUUAUGGAAGAUCCUGAUCCUGAAAAUCCAGACCCAUCGACUAUAAGUGAAUGUGCAUCCCCAGAUACUUCCCAAAAUACUUGUAAAAGCCCUUCAAAAUGAGCAAGUUUAUAUAAAUUUGUUUUCUUCUCACAGCCUGGUUCACCAGGACCUGUAAUCCCUGUCCAGCCACAUGGGAAAAUACUCACAAAGCCAGAUUCCCAUUGGGAGGGAACAGUUACUGGGUCAGAAGCUGAGAGCGGUGUCCACCUGAAAACAGAACUCCAUCAAAAACAGCUGUCAAGUAACACCCAGGCCCUUUCAAAGAAUCACCCUCCACAGCCACUGGCACGCAGUUCAUCCGAGCAGCUUGCACAGAAGCUGCCUUCUGCGCCCGUGAAGCUGCACUGUCCUCCAUCACCUCACGUAGAAAAUCCUCCAAAGUCAUCGACGCCUCACACGCCUGUACAGCACGGUUAUCUUUCACCAAAGCCUCCUUCACAGCAGUUAGGCUCUCCCUACAGGCCUCACCAUUCUCAGUCACCUCAAGUUGGAACCCCUCAGCGAGAGCCUCAGAGGAAUUUUUACCCAGCAGCACAGAACCUUCAAGCCAGUACACAGCAGGCACCUUCUGGAGCACUGUUUCCACAGACGCCCUCAGGACAGUCUUCGGCAGCAUACAGUCAGUUUAACCAGCAGAGCCUGGGCAGCACGGCACCGCCCCCUCCACCCCCUCCGCCCCCUUCCUCUUCCUCUUACUAUCAAAACCAGCAGCCCUCCGCAAACUUUCAGAACUAUAGUCAGCUGAAAGGCAGUCUUUCCCAACAAACUGUGUUUACAUCAGGACCAAAUCAAGCACUUCCUGGCACCACAGGCCAGCAAGCCGUCCCGGGACACCACGUUACUCCAGGGCACUUUCUGCCCUCGCAGAACCCUCCCGUUCACCAUCAGACUUCCGCUGCUGUAGUCCCCCCGCCGCCUCCCCCACCUCCCGCUCCAGGACCACACCUCGUCCAGCAACAGCCACACUCCGUAGCACAUGGCGUGGGGCCUGUUCAUGCUGUCACCCCUGGGUCCCACGUUCACUCUCAAACUGCUGGACACCAUCUGCCACCACCCCCUCCCCCUCCCGGCCCCGCCCCGCAUCACCAUCCACCGCCCCAUCCCCCCACAGGACUCCAAGGUCUGCAAGCACAACACCAGCAUGUGGUGAACUCAGCCCCUCCACCACCCCCUCCUCCUCCGCCUUCCAGUGUUUUGGCUUCUGGGCAUCAUACCCCAUCAGCUCAAGCCUUACACCACCCACCUCAUCAAGGACCUCCACUUUUUCCUUCAAGUGCUCAUCCAGCUGUACCACCGUAUCCCUCACAAGCUACACAUCACACCACUCUGGGACCGGGACCCCAACACCAGCCUUCUGGAACAGGGCCACAUUGUCCAUUACCAGUUGCAGGUCCUCAUCUCCAGCCCCAAGGACCAAACAGUAUUCCCACACCUACCGCUUCAGGGUUCUGUCCUCAUCCUGGCUCUGUGGCCCUGCCACAUGGGGUUCAAGGACCUCAGCAGGCAUCUCCAGUGCCUGGACAGAUUCCAAUUCACAGAGCACAGGUGCCACCAACAUUUCAGAACAAUUACCAUGGUUCAGGGUGGCAUUAAAAUGGACUCCAAAAACAUUUUUUAAAAUGUUCUGUAAGAUAAACAACUGUAUAUUUCAUAUGUACCUGUUAAGGUACUUUUUAAAGCUUGUACAUGAAACUUUGUAUAAAAAAAACAAAAACACCAGUGCUCUCUCAUUGUAUUUUUCCCAUUUUUGCUUUUUAAAAAAUUCCUUAAAAAAAUGUGCUGUUAAGCCAGUGUAGGUAUCUUUUAUUUUGUAAGUAAGUGAACAUUCCAGCUGUUUUUCUGGCAGUAGAUUUGAUGCUACAUGAUCUUUAAAUUUUAUUGUUGGAAUUAAAUUCAUUUAGUGAAUGUUUUCUACAUUAUUUUAUACAUAUGCAUUAAAUACACGGCUCAGUAAUGGCAGUACGAGGAUUUCCUUUCUAUCAAUCAAUCAGCAGUUCUGUGAGUGCAUCUUAUGUAUAAAAAAAAAAAAAAUGCAAUACAGAUUUUUUAGUUUGGUGUGAAGAUGGCUCAUUUUGUUUUAUCGGUUAUUUGCAAGCAAAAUGUAAUUUAAUGUAUAGAUGAUUUUUAAUGUCUCCUGACAAACUGUAAAUAAUACUGCAUUUCUUUUGCGUAUAUAAUCGCUUACAGCUUUUCUCAUUUGACAUAUAGCACUGUACAUAUGACAUGUCUUUGCAAAACUGUGUGAUCUUUGUGAAAGUAGUACAGUAUAUGGCCUUUAAGUUCUCUUUUAAAUAUACUGUCACAUUGAAGCACUGGUUGGGCAUUUUAAUUCAUGUUAAUAAACCACAAUUAUGUCAGUUUUACCAAAUUGUCCUGUACCACUUCUGAGAUUGGGGUCUGUUUGUUUAUGCAAGUGUUUGUUUUUACAGAAGUUAGUUACCUUUUCCAGAUAGAGUUUGUAAGGAGCCUUCCAUGUUCUUUCGCAACUACUACCUCAGCUGGACUGGACCGCAGCGAGCGUCAGGAGGCGGUAAAGGCUUGUUCCUGGAAUGUUCCUACAUGUUAUUUUGUUGCAGGAGCAGGAGCCAUAAGAAACUACCGUGCUACGUAAAUGCUACAUACAUUUACUUAUAUCUGACAUCGUACAAAAUGAAUCCAUUCCAUUAAAGCAUCCCAUGAUUCAUCUAUAGACUAAUUUACAACUGUUUGAAAGUAUGGAAUAUUUUACCUAAAAACACAGGACUAUCUAAUUUGUACAUGUUAGAACAUGACUGAAAUGUCCUAUGGAUGAACCAAAAUUAGUUGAAAACCUUAACAUUUACUGUCUAGCUAUAGUAUUUAAAAGAGUAGCAGGAAAUUUUACAAAUUUGUUUUGGGUGUACAAAACUAAAGGAAAAAGGCAUUUUUAGCUCUCUCAAGUGAAAUGAAAAUGGCCUCUCAAGUGAACAUUUUAUUGCUGAAAUACAAAAUGCUAGUUAUUAUUUUGGAAUAAUAAAUUCUUUGUCUUCUACCUCUCAGGAGGAUUAAGUAUAAACCAAUAGUAGUGACAGUAUUUGUCAACACAUAUUUCACCAUCCAAUUACUUGACAUAAUUUGACACAGUAUACAAAUUCUGUGUAUUGGAGAAAAAAGUAAACAGACUAAAAAUGACUAAGAUUGGCAGUAGUAUGUCAUGUUUUACACUUUUAAUUUCCAUUUCCUUUUGAAAACAGCUACAUUAACACAGCUGUGUUUAGGGCUCAAUCCUAAUCAAGUUUUAGAAGAACUUAGGUCAACUUUGCCAUCCUUGAUUAUCAAACAAGAUUCUACUUACGGUAUUUGCAAAAGAAAUACGUGUCCACGAAGAAGUGGCUUUACAUCAUCCAGUCAUCCUCCUCCACCACCACCACCACCACCACCACCACCCCCCGAUAGUUUCAAACAGAAGACAAAGUUAACCAGCAUAGUGAACUAUUAAUAUUCACACCUCUUUAAAAGGACUGUCCUAAAGAUUUUAAUUCCUCAUAGUUUUAGAUUUGCCUACUAUACAAAUAAUGUAUAUGGAAGCUUUUCUGUAAACUGCAUUAAUUUCUAAAAAAAUUAACGGGAGAAAACGAAUUUAAGAAGUAAUUUCACCAGCAGAUACAAACUGAAGUUCUCUACCCCAGCUGUUAACUAGCUAUGGAUGAUCCAAGUACGGGAAGAAGCAAGUUAGUAAAUCAGUUUUCACCUAGAAAGCUAAUGCUUUUUUGAAGCUCCUAUUAUAUCCACUUUUCCUCUGCCUUGGGGCAGUUCUAAUUUCCAGACAGCCAGCUUCUGAAUCUGCUAGAAUCACAUAUGUGAUCCACUGCUUGUCAUUUUCCAUGAUGACUUCACAUGGACUAGAGAAAGGAAAAGAUAGGACAUUCAACUAAAAUCACUUGAGCUGGCUAUAGUGUUUUGCAUAACCAGUGGUUCUCGUUUAGCUUAUAUGCAUUCAUCAUCAUCAAGCCACCAAGAAUCUGCUAAAAACCAUACCAUACCUAAUACAAAUGUAUAUUCCUUCUAGAACAAUUGCUUUUACAUUUAUAAACUAGUUAGGCUAUUUUAUCCUAAAUGAGAGAUCCUUACAAAAUUCGUAAUUAUCUGGAUUAUUUUCUAACAUGAGCCAAAACUGUAUUAGACAAAUUUCAUUCAAGUGUGUCAUAACCCUGAUAAAAAUUCUUACGGACUUAGGGAAGACAUACAUGAACUCCAUGGUUCUCGUGAGAAUGGUUCCUGUGCAAAUUCUGGAUGGCAUCACUGGUCUACAGCCACUAUCUUUCACAGAACCUACAAGGUCACCUACAGCCUCAGCAGAAAAACCUAGCAUGCACAUUUCAUAAAUGAAUGGUAUCUUCCACCUCACAGCGAUACGAUCUAAUGCUAACUCCUAAGAGGAUUACGUGUCUUGUUCCCUCACAGUGAAUACUGUUAAAAAGAAAAAAAAA